AUGCCAGCUGAAAGCGGCUUUGUCUCGUCGGAUAGCGCUAGUGAGGAAGCAUGCGACCAUAAGGCUAUAACAGAGCUCAAGAAAGAAAAGUCUCAUUUGGAAAACAUGGCUUCUGCAUAUUCAUCAAUUAUUUCGCACGUUGGAGAGGACGUGAAUAGACAAGGACUAUUAAAAACACCAGAAAGAGCAGCUAAAGCUAUGCUUUUCUUCACGAAAGGCUACGAUCAGCAGUUAGAUGACAUUCUCAACGAGGCUGUUUUUGACGAGGAUCACGACGAGAUGGUUAUCGUCAGAGAUAUUGAAAUGUUCUCACUUUGUGAGCAUCACUUAGUCCCAUUCAACGGCAAAGUACACAUCGGGUAUCUGCCCAACAAGAAGGUGUUAGGUCUGUCAAAACUCGCCCGAAUUGUUGAAAUGUUCAGUCGACGACUACAAGUUCAAGAACGACUUACCAAACAAAUAGCGACGGCAAUGGUUCAAGCAGUGCAGCCGGCUGGAGUGGCGGUUGUCAUUGAAGCAAGCCAUAUGUGUAUGGUGAUGCGAGGUGUGCAAAAGAUCAAUGCGACGACAUCGACGUCAUGCAUGCUUGGUGUAUUUAGGGACGAUCCAAAAACGCGGGAAGAGUUUUUAAAUCUAAUCAACAAGAAAUGA